UCUGCUACAGUGAAUGCUUGGUAAUGGUUGGUCCUGGCUUCCUGGAGUUAAUGACAGUCAGUCUCAAAGACGACGAUAAUGUAGUUUCAGCAACGUCCCCCAUUGUCGUCGGCAAAAAUAAUCCCUAAACUACACGUUACGACGAUGAGGACAAAAGCAAUUGAGACAAAAAAAAAUCGGUACCGGUCUUUGUCGCGGGGGCUUUUCAUCUUCUACUAGGAGUCUAGGACACUUUGUGCAAUCCGCCGGCAAAAGAAUCAAUUACUGGCUCCAUUUCCACAAUGCCUUCCCAGAUGUCGCGAAACCCUAACGCUCCGCCGCCAAUCGAUGCAAUGAGCGGAUUCUGUCCGGAAACCAAGAUCUAUCACAGUCUCAGAUCUCCGGUGCCACUCCCACAAGAAACCGCGCCGCUCUCCGUCACCGAUUACGUCUUCUCUCUCAUCAAUUCCUUCCCUUCGCCACCGACAGUCUCAGCUCUCGUCGACGGCGACACCGGCCGCCGCAUCUCCUCCUCCCAACUCAUUUCGCGAACCGAGUCGCUCGCUUCCUCCCUCCGCCGCGAACUCGGCCUCAGAAAGGGAGACGCCGCUUACAUCCUUGCUCCCAACUCGGUCAACAUACCGAUCCUCUACCUCUCCCUCCUGUCCCUCGGCGUCGUCCUCUCGCCAGCCAAUCCCGCGAGCUCGGAGCGCGAAAUCCUCCACCAGCUCCAGCUCUCCAAACCUAGAAUCGCGUUCGCGACAUCCGCCGUCGCGCACAAAAUUCCUCCCACCAUCAAAAUCGUCCUCCUCGACUCCCUCGAGUUCGAGUCGCUCGCGGCGGAAACCAGAUCUGGAGAAUCCGAACCAAGAACCUCCGUCUCCCAAUCCGAUCCCGCGGCAAUUUUGUACUCCUCCGGAACCACCGGAGCUACCAAAGGAGUGAUUCUCACUCACCGUAACUUCACCUAUACGGUGGCCCUAGGUCACGCCGUUCGGACGGCGAGGAAAACGCCGGCGGUGGUCCUGGCGACGGUGCCGUUCUUUCACGUGUACGGGUUCGUGUUCGCCGUGCGAGCUGUUGCAUUGGGGGAGACACUCGUGUCGAUGGAGAGAGUCGAGAUGAGGAAAAUGCUAAAGGCGAUUGAGGACCAUCGGAUUACCCACGUGGCCGCAGCGCCACCGCUCGUUGUCGCGAUGGUCAAAGCAGACCGGAAGGUAGUGGACGGCUACGAUUUGAGCUCCCUGGAAGUUGUAGCGUGCGGUGGCGCCCCACUCGGGAGAGAUGUUGCCGCGCAGUUGACCGCGCGAUUCCCAGGGGUGUCGCUCGUCCAGGCUUACGGGUUGACAGAAUCGACGGGGAGGGUGUUCUCAACAGUGGGGCCCACGGAAAGCAAGGUGGGAGGUGCAACAGGGAAGCUGACUCCCGAAACGGAAGCGAAAAUCGUUGAUCCUGAAACUGGAAUCCCUCUGCCACCAGGAAAAGCUGGAGAGAUUUGGGUUAGAGGGCCAUCCAUUAUGAAGGGUUAUGUAGGUGAUGAAGAAGCCACAGCCAGAACUUUGGAUGCUGAAGGGUGGUUGAAAACAGGAGACCUUUGCUACAUUGACGACGAAGGUUUCCUAUUUGUGGUGGACAGGAUCAAGGAACUGAUCAAAUGCAGAGGCUAUCAGGUUGCGCCAUCUGAGCUCGAGCAUUUGCUUGUGUCCCAUCCAGAUAUACUCGAGGCAGCUGUGGUCCCGUUGCCUGACGAGAGAGCAGGCCAAGUUCCCAUUGCAUUUGUGGUAAGGCAGAAUGGAAGCACCAUUAGUGAGCUGCAGGUCAAGGAGUAUAUUGCAAAGCAGGUACCUUCCAUUCUUCGUGUUAAAAGAGCUCUGGUACCAUCUUAUGAUUUCAAAGGGGGGAAAGCAGCGAUUACAUUUGAUGAUGAACAGUAAGGACUAAGGAGUCAAUAAUUUGGAAUCUUUUCAACAGUGAUCAAGUUAUCUUCUUCGUGUUUCUUUUCUUGUAGGUUGCACCAUACAAAAGACUACAUAGAGUACUAUUCACUGAAUCCUUGCCAAAGAAUGCUCAGGGCAAGUUGUUGAGGAAAGACUUGACAAGACUAGCAAUGUCGCCCGCCAAGCUAUAAAAUAAUCAUCCUCCUGUUUGCUAGACUGUUUAGUGGAAUUCAAAAAUGUUACUGCUUCAUCUAUAGAUUAUUGGAAGUGAUCCCUGUGUUUAAGAGAUUGUGAAAUAUUUGCUCAUUGAAAUGAAUCCCAAAAAUUUCGACAUGCUAAAGUUUAUGAAAUUCAUCAAAAUGAAGGUACUGAAUCUCUACCCUUGUAAAAUAUAGAAAAAGUUGCAGAAAGACAUGGGUUUUUUUACUGAAUCAAUGAAAUCUCUAAAUUCAU